GAAAAAAUCUGAGGACAGAUAAAAUGACGAUGGUGACCAUAAGAAGAAGAACCCAGAGGAUCUAGGGCUUCACAAUCGAUUCCUUCUCUCUAUCUCGACGGAUUUAGCUUGCAGAUGUUUCGUCUCCUCUCUGGAUUCAUUAAUUCAUCAUCUUCUCUUCUUAAAUUCUCUAUCUUUUCCUGACAAAGUUAGGGUUUUUCGAUAACUCGGGAUGAGAAUAAUUGGUUCAAUCUAAAGAGCUGGCUUUGAUAAAUUAUUGAGAUUUAAAAGGGUAAUUGGACCUUCCUGAAUCAAUUUUCCUGGAAAAAGAAUUGAUUUUUAGAUUGAAAAAGAAGUGAGAGUUUCUGUAACUAUGAGGGCAUUGCACAAAAGGGUAUCGUGGCCACCAGAUUUUAAACUUUGUCAGGGGCUAAUCCUGAGAUACAUCCAGUUUUAUCAUGGAAUGGUCAGCCUUAAACCCCUUACUCAUGAGAUCAAUGUAGUCAAGUAGUCAGUGGUGAUGCAAGAGAACGCACCAAGAACAAUGAGUGAUGUCCAGAGGGUUUUGGCUAUCUCCAACAAAGUAUUCGACAUGGUGAAACCUUAUACAUUUACACACUCUUGAAUGCUGACAUUGCAACCAUUUUGCUGAUGGAAAAUGCUUUGGUAAGAUAGCUUGGAGAUGGUUCAUUGUCCAGCUAAGUUGCUUAUUUGGAAGGGAGUGGAGGAGGAGGAUGGUACAGAGAGGAGAGGAAUGUCACCAUUUUCAUUUGAAAAAGUAGUUGAUUAGUUAGGCUGUUCUGGAGUAUGAGGUCAUUGUCUUAUACGUUACCACAUUGAUUGUUUCUUUCUUUAGUUAAGCUUUUUCAAGCAACCAGGAUUCUUGUAAUACGUUAAUGCUGACAAGCCCUUGUUUACUUUCUUUGGACUGUAUGUUUGAGAUAACUGGGCCAAUGGUACGGCUAUUCAUAUCAGAGGAUUCACCUUCACAAGUUGGAUCAGAGUCUCAAGAUCACCUGCAAGCAAAGUCACCAUUGGCUUCACAUCCAAGUGAUGAUAAUCUGCCACCUGGUUUUGGUGGACCCUUUUCUGCGAAUGAGUCCCAGAUUAAGUUAUCAGAUAUCCCACUAAUAAAGUGGAAAUGCUCCGUCCAGAUUCUGCUAGAUCGGGAAUGGAAAGUGGUUGCAGGGGACGAAAGCAAAGAAGUGGAGGCCCAAAAUGAGAGGGAAUUGAGAGUUCUUGAAGCAUUUUAUCCUGGCGCAUCAUCUAUUCCUCCAAACCCUUCGGUUCCAGCUGAUGUUGAGGACUCACAUCAUGAUGAUCAGCAAACCAUUGUCAUACCCAUCCUACCUGUAGAAGAUGAUGACAUAGCGAUGGAUUCAGCAUCUGAUUUCCCAACCCAAUCUGGCGUGGAUGUGGGAACAGAGCCAUCAAUAACCGAUGAGAACACAUCAACUUCUUCAACCCUCCCUGCAGGGCCAGAUAUAAUGGCUGCGUUAUCUGCAAUCUCAAACAGCAAAGAACAAGGCAGUAUGAUCGACCAAGAUCUGCUUAUUAAAAUCCUAAGCAACCCUAAGUUGGUCGAGAAUCUUGUUGCAAAUCGUGGCAGUGCAGGUUCAGUCUCCUCCAACACAAGUAGCCUCUACUCAUCUUCAACACAUGAAGCCAACGGAGUAGUAACCACGGCACCUAUUUCCUCAAAUGGACAAUUUUACGCUCAGCCACCCAUAACUCAUAUUCCUCCCAUGGCGUAUACUCCUCACGCUCCUCAAGACCAACCGAACUAUGGAGCACCGCCAGCAAGAGAUGCUAGUUAUUACAAGAACCUGAUUCAGCAACAUGGCGGGGAUAGACAAGAGACGCCGCCAGUUCAACAUCUCGGUUAUCGAUACAACCUCCAACCUGGAGGAGGACCUAACCCGGAGAUGGUAAAUAGCAGUAAUAAUAACCAGAGGCCAAGGGAUUCAAAACCCAAGAUAAUGAAGGCUUGCAUGUACUUCAACAGCGCAAGGGGUUGUCGCCAUGGAGCUAAUUGUAUGUACCAGCACGAUGCUACACCCUACCAGCCGAGGAAUCUAAACAAUGGUAAUAUCAACACUUCUGAUAUGCAGAAUGCAAAAAGAAUGAGAUUUGACAGAGACUGAUGCAGAAUUAGCAUACCACACAUGCUCUCUGCCUCUUGCUGUUAGCAGCAGAGCAAUUUUUCUAUUUUCUCUUGCCUGGCUUUACUGCAAUAUAAGUUUUAUAUACAUUUGAAAUUAUUUCUUGGUUUUAUGCCACAAAUGUAGAAUUAAUUAGCGAGUAUUAUUUGGCUCACCAUCACAGUAGUACUUAUACUAUCCCUAGUGUUUUUAAGAUGAUUUUCUACACUUUUAUCUUUAACAUUGUGCAGAAAAAAGAGUAAAAUAAUCACAAG